UUCUGAAGCCACCGUUUUUGUGCUGACUGGUCUAUUUACAUUUUAUUUUAGGAUUUAAGAGGGUUUGUUAGGCAUAAAGUUACAUAAUGUCAGGACUACACAAUGCAAACCAUGUACAGUGAUUCUGAAAUUUGGCAGGGUUUUCAUACAUCCCAAGGAAACAUGUUUUUCCAGGACUUAAACCUGAUCAGAAUAUAUCUGGUCCCAUUAUAGCUUUUCACAAAAUAUGAAUCCUGCCAUAGCGCAGCAGUCCAGAGUUAAGUUACCAGAUCAGGAUAAACCAGGUCCACUGGGCUCUGUGGAACCACCCCUGGGGAGGAGCAUGCUGCUGAUCCAGCCCUCAUUCAAAAACUUAAAAGGCAGAAUGGCGUCCCGGCACCGUGAGGAAAAUCUCUCAUGCCCCAUAUGCGGAGUUAUCUUCAACCAGCCUGUGGUGCUCUCCUGCCGACACAGGUUCUGUAAAGCUUGCCUUCUGGACAGCUGGAAAACUCAGGGCACUGAGGACAAUCUUUACUUCUGCCCUCUGUGCUGGAGACAGUCCUCUAAGAAUGAGAUCGUGGUGAACACCAAACUGGAGAAUACCUGUGAGUCCUUCAGGAAGGAGAUGAGCAGGAACAACCCUAUGGCGUGCGAGGAACAUGGAGAAGCACUCGUGCUCUUUUGUCUGGAUGAUCUGCAGGCCAUAUGUGUUGCGUGCCAGACAUCGGCAGCACAUGCAGGGCACAGGCUCUACCCCGUCAAGGAAGGUGCACAUGACUGUAAGGAGGAACUCAAGGCUGCAUUGGCCCCUUUGAAGGAGAAGCUGCAGUUGUACAAGAAGGCUUUGAUCGUCUGCGAUGAAACAGCAGAACACAUCAAAAAUCAGGCUGAGCACACCGAAAGUCAGAUAAAGGAUGAGUUUGAAAUCCUUCACCAGUUUCUGAGAGAUGAAGAAACAGCCAGAUUAAAUGCUCUGAAGGCAGAGGAAGAUCAUAAGACACUACUAAUAAAGGAGAAGAUUGAGGAGUUGUCCAAAGAACUGAUGUCCCUCUCAAACACCAUCAAAACUGUAGAGCAAGAGAUGAGAUCUCAGGACAUCCCAUUCUUACAGAACUACAAGGAUACUAUCAAGAGAACCUGGAGUAUGCCACUCGACCCAUUGAUGAAUUCUGGAACUCUAAUUGAUGUGGCAAAGCACCUUGGCUCUGUAAGGUUCCAAAUCUGGGACAAGAUGAAGACCAUAAUUCAGUACAACCCUGUGAUCCUGGAUCCCAACACAGCUGCUAGCUGCUUCAUUCUGUCAGAGAAUUUGACCAUGGUUCAGUGCUGCUCCCAGGUCUUCAAACUCCCCAACAACCCCGAGAGGUUCGACAUCAGUGCUGAGUUACUGGGCUCUGAGGGAUUCCACUCUGGGCGCCACAGAUGGGAUGUGGAGGUAAAGGAUAACACAUACUGGGUAAUAGGCGUAGCAAGUGAGUCCAUCAACAGGAAGGGCAAGCAUGUGCUGACGCCGGCUGAGGGCUUCUGGACCAUACGCUUCCGCAACGGCGAGCACAAAGCGUGCACAGCACCUUGGGCGCCCCUGACUAUGACCACGUUUCCCCAGGUCAUCAGGGUGGUGGUUGACAUGGACAGGGGAAAGGUGGCUUUCUUUGACCCCAAGGAGAGGACGCCCCUUUAUACCUUUACAGACCUCGUCUCGCCCAGAGUUUUCCCUUACUUCUGCACCGUCUGUAAGGAGCACCCACUGAGACUGCUCCCUGUUAAGUUGUCUGUUACUGCAGAGUGCUAGAAGGUUCAUGAGGAUCAAUACAAACAUGCAGCAGAGGCUUAGUUACAGACAUUGAUUCAUUUUACUGCCUAUUUCCUUAGUGAGGUGAGGACGUUCCUCCCUGUAAAAAGGCAAAAGUCCAAAACUAACUGUACAUUACCCUUCAUAACUGACUGAAAAUUCUAGUCCCGUAAUCAAAAGUGUAAUCAAUGUAGACAUCUACAAUCCUUGAUGCAAGAAAAGUAACCUUUAUUGAAACAGUUUUAUUUGUCUUAUCGACUGUGACAAAUAUUGGUAGGCUUUGCCAGUGUUCACAUGGUUAUAUGCUUACCAGUUGUGGUACUACUGUGGAUGGCAAUCAUGUCCUGUAUAUGAAGGUAUAGUAUAGUACAUAGGCAAUGCAGUGGUCCUUUGUGACUCCCACUACCAACACCAAGGUUGUGGGUUUGAAUCCUGCAGAGGUCACAUACAUAUCUAGUAGACAAAACAAUGUAAAAUACAUACAGCAUAUUCACCAAAUGGUUGAGUGAAGAUCAAUUCAGAACAAUGAGCAUAGUGAUAUUAAAAGGUAUUUUAACAAUAAACAAAAUGUUAUCAAUAGUUAUGCAUGUUCUUUGUAGGAAAAUUAAGUUAUUAAAUGUGAAACAUGUCUUUCUAGAUAUUUAUGUACUCAGUCAAUGUCAGUUGUGAAAAAAGGUACUUUUUGAUGAUCUGUUGUGUAGAGUGGUGAAAUAUGACCACAUUGUGUGAACAGUAUGUGCACAUCUAAAUAAAACUGGAAUUUACCAAUUCUCUCACUCUUCCCAAUGUUGUGCUGUCCGAUUAAAAAGUAUUGAAUUGCCUCAUCACAUCCCCUACCAAGCCUUUGUGGGACAGUAUAACAUCUCACUAAGCCGCUCUGCUUAUGACACUGCUCCAUCAACAAGGAAGUACUGUUUUUGUUUGUUUGUUUUUGAAAAUAGAUGUCUGAUGUUCUUAAGAACAUCUGAAAAUAUUUUGGUGAGCUCUGAGGUUGAACUUGCU